AUGACAGACCCAACCUUUCGCAUCACAACACCUCGCCUUGCAAUCUCCCACCUAGACCCUUCAAAUUCUCUCCACUGCUCCUUUCUCGUCUCCCUCUGGAACACGCCAGAAUUCAUCGCCAUGCUCGGCGGCAAACCAACUUCCAUCACCACUCCCUCUGCCGCUAAAUCAUUAAUCCAAAACCGUUUCUUGGCUGAACAUGCUCGCAAUGGCUAUGGAAUGUACCUUGUCUCUUUACUUGGGGAUGACACUCUCGUUGGCACUAUAUCCCUAAUGCGUGGGGAGAAUUCUUCGUUACUGGCUCCUGAUAUAGGGUUUGCCAUGCUAUCUGAGCAUAUGAGGAAGGGAUAUGCUGUUGAAGCUGCCAAGGCGCUGAUUGAACAUGUGGAUGGAGAAAAGGGUGUCAAAGCAGUUUUUGGGUUCUGUCAUGAGGGCAAUGAGGCCAGUAUGGGUGUUUUGAGGAAGUUAGGCUUCAGGUGGGAGGGAGUCAGGAAGGUCAAAGAGUUUGAGGGUAAAGAGACGGCGGUGUGGAGUUGGGAUAUGGAGAGUGUGGAAGAAUGGGGGCUUUGA